UCAGAUAUUACAGGCGCAAAGUGUUAAUCAGAGCACAAGCCGUAUUGACGAUUAUGUUGCAAGGAUCUCUGUUCUCUUUUGGACUUUCUUUCCAUGUAACAUUUUUCUCCAGAAAUGAAGGAAGUAUUUGUUUUGCUUUCAGUGCUGUUAGUCACUGUGUCCUCUCGCACUGAUGAGGAGUUCAGCUGUAAAUCCCAAGAAUGUCUUCCUGCUCGAGUCGUCUCUGAUUUCAAGAGGGAUUGUAAAGAUGGCUCAGACGAGGAGUUUUGUGGGUCAUGUGAUUUUGAGCUUCACUCCUGCGGAUGGAACGACACCAGUGAUGGUUCCUAUCGCUGGAGACGGCAGAUGGCAAAUGUCACUUUAAUACCUGGACAGGACCACACGACAGGAAGUCAAAGUGGUCAUGUCAUGCACGUAGAUGGCAAACAAGGCGGUUUCCUUUCAAAGGCCCAUUUAGAGUUUUCUGUGUCCAACCAGGCAGCUUUGGGUUGCCAGAUCAGCUUUUGGUACCACAUUUACGAUAACAAGUCUUCAUCAUCUUCAUCGCUCCUUACAUUAACGAUGGUCCGAGGCUCCUCAAGAACAACAUUGGAUACAAUUUCUAAAAGUCACACUGACGGUUGGGAGAAAUCCACGGCCUUCCUAGGUAAUCAGCCAGGAGGAUAUAAGCUGCAGUUUUCAUUCAGCCCUCCUUUUUCAGACGUAAAGGAUGUAAUGUUGGAUGACAUCAUCUUCGAGUACUGCUUAGAGGGAGAAGUCCCCGCAGGGUCAGACAGACUCUCGUGUGAUUUUGAAGAUAACACCUGUUCAUGGUACCAUGAUUAUACUGCCAGCCUGCUGUGGAAAAGGAGUGACGGGGGAUUUAAUGAGGGCCCUGCUGGCAAUGGUUCCUACAUGCUCAUAAGUACUAAACUCGAGGUGGAUAACUCAGCAGCAGCCAGACUCAUCAGCUUCCCUCAGCCUGCAGGUCCAGUCAUAUGUGUGAGCUUCUGGUAUCACAUAUUUGGCAACAGCAUCGGUUCAUUGAAGAUUAUAACAAAGCGUCCUGACGAAGCAGAGACUGUCGUAUGGAUGAGAAGUGGCACACAAGGAAACAAAUGGAGAUUUGCAGAUCUGACCUUCAAAAGUGAAAAGCCAAUACAGUUCAUAAUAGAAGCUGUGGUAGGUGGGGACCAAGGCAGCAUAGCCAUUGAUGACAUAAUGGUUACCGGCGGUGAGAAUGGAUCUUGUCCAGCAGAGAGAGAGUGCACCUUCCAGGGCUCUCUGUGUGGUCUGCUGCCUGAGCCGUCUGCCAACUUCACCUGGAGCCGCAUCACCGGCGCGACAAAACCCUCAAACUCCUCAAGCCCCGCCGCAGAUCACACGCUAGGGACAGAGCAAGGUUAUUACCUGAGUGCCCAUCUGUGGAGCCACUCCGAGGGGUCCAGAGGAGCGGUGAUGACAGCGCUGAUGGAGCCCACCCCUCCUGAAGGAGAGUGCUUAACGUUCUGGUAUUACAUGGAGGGAAGUGGAGUGGGGGAACUUAAUGUUUACCUACAAACACCCUACAACAACAGACCCUCUGCCCAGCUGUGGACCAGAAGAGGAGAUCAGGGGGAGCACUGGAGACAUGGAAGAGUGACGCUCCUCAGCCCCAAUACCCCCUAUCAGGUUGUGUUUGAAGCAGUAGCUGGGGAGAAUCCGUGGAGAGAUAUCGCUCUUGACGACCUCAUGGUCUUCAAUGACGCCUGCCCCCCACCCGGUUUUUGUGACUUUGAAAUGGACUUGUGUGGCUGGGUGAACAGUCCUCCAGCAGAGUCCGCAGUGGACUGGGACUGGUUCCCAGCUGACAGUGAUGGUCAUUUCAUUCCUGAUAGAGACCACACUACAAAUUCUGCCCUGGGCCAUUUUGCUUUCUUCAUUUCAUUUGACUCUGAUAGAGAGGAAAUUGGCCGACUGGAGAGUGAGACGAUGGAGGCAGUGGACCGAGCUUGUCUGGAGAUCUGGCACCACACUGAAGGGUGGGGCAGUAAUGGGCCUUCAAGCAUUACAUUGACAGUGUUUGUGAAUGAGACUGCUGAACUGCGUCCUGUGUGGAGUACACAGGGAUAUACAAACAGGACAUGGAUCCAAGACAGGGUGGAUUACAGUGCAUCAGGGCGCCACCAGAUUAUUUUACAAGCCAGUUGUCCAAAGUCAAAGGAUGGAAGCUUUGCUCUGGACGACGUCCACAUCAUCAGGGACACAUCCUGUGAGGACAUGACACCCACCACCACCCCAAAUCCUUCCCCUACCACCACUGCUCCUGCCUCCGCCAUGGACUGCACCUUUGAACAAGGUCUAUGCAGCUGGGUCCAGGAGAUCAGUGAUGGUUUGAACUGGACUCUCAGUAAUGGACUUCAAGUCAACCAGCCGUGGGAUGGACCUCAGUAUGAUCACACUGUUGGAAAUAAUCAAGGUUUCUUCUUACUGCUGAAUGGAUUUGGACUAAAGGAUGGAGAUAAAGCAGUGAUCUCUGUUCCUAUCAAUGACGUAACAUCACAUGUCUGUGUUGGAUUCUGGUUUUACAUGCUCGGGCCUUCAGUAUCCAGCCUGGAUCUGCUGGUUCAGACAAAAUCUGCUGAAGAUUUAGUCUGGACUCGCAGAGGGACCCAGAAUCCAGGGUGGAUUAAAGCACAAGUAUCCAUCAGCAUGCACAAUACUACAAAGUUAAUGUUCACCGGCCAUAGAAACUCCAGCAGCAAAGGAUUCAUCGCUAUUGAUGACAUAACAGUGAGGGAGGGGGUUUGUAAUAAUCAGGAUUUGUGCGGGUUUGAUUCCAGCUGGUGUGGCUUUGAGAACGAUGUGGGACAGAAAGGUCACUGGGGUCGCAAAAAAGCCACAAAACAUCAGGUGGAUCACACCUUCGGAACUGAAAAUGGCUUCUACAUGACUGUGAUGACACCGAAUUGGAGACAGAAUGAAGUAGCUCAGCUGCUCACACCUGCUCUCACCUCAGCUAAAGAGAUGUGUGUUCGCUUCUGGUACUGGUUACCCGCAGGGCUUUCCAACAGCUUCUCUGUGCACGUGAUGCGGAACGCAGAGACAGGCGAUGCACUUUGGCAUCGAUCCGGAUCACCCUCCACUGGGUGGGAGGUGGCAGAAGUCACUGUGUCCUCUCCUGCAAAAUUUUAUGUGGUGUUUAAAGCAGUUCACGGGCCUGACUCGAGCUCCGCGGUGAGAUUAGAUGAUGUCUCCGUGAGGGAUGGGGCCUGCACUCCUCCAGGCAGCUGUGACUUUGAGUCUGGACUGUGCGCCUGGAUCAACAUUCACAAAGACAAUGGUCAUGACUGGGUGCUGGCCCGUGGAGACUUCCUGGGGCCACUAACAGACCACACCACUCAGACUCCAGAGGGUCAGUUCUUGUUGAGCUCAUCACUGCACCAAAACCACAGAAGUCUCGCUCAGGUUUUGUCCGAGUGGAUCCACCUGAGAGACACCCCCUCCUGUCUCACAUUGUGGUACCAAAUGGACAGCAGUGACUCUGGGACACUGAAGGUGUAUCUGCGUUCAGGUCUGUCGGAGGCUGAUCUGAUGUUCAGCACUACCAGCAGUGGACACAGCUGGACAAGAUUCAGUCAGUCUAUAGAGAGCAGCGACCCUUUCCAGCUGCUGAUGGAAGCCGACGCUGACACCAGAGGAUUUAUUGCCAUUGAUGACAUCAGUGUCACACCAGGCCUUUGUCCAGUAAAUGAAACAAGUUUAGGAUUUGUUGGUUGUUCAUUUGAAAGCGACACAUGUGGAUGGGAGGACAUCAGUGAUGGCCAACUUCAGUGGAUGAGAGGAAGGAAUGCUACUGGGAACACUGGACCCCCUGUCGACCACACAGUGGGCACUGAACUGGGUUGGUACAUGGCCGUAGAGUCUGACCGAGGAACUCAAAUGAGCCCUGCUGCCGUGCAGAGUCCCACCAUGAAACAGGCCAGCACCGCCUGCACACUGCACUUCUACUACAACAUGUUUGGACAGGACGUAGAAGAGCUGAAUGUCCUGCUGAAGGAGGGCCCCAGGACCACCACACUGUGGUGGCUUUCUGGUAACCAUGGAGAUUUGUGGCAUCACGGUGAGGUCACAGUUGGAAGAACCCCUCAGGACUUCACUAUCCUGUUUGAGGCCUCGAGGGCCUUCAAUAAGCUCGGACACAUCGCUAUAGAUGACAUAUAUUUCACCAACUGCACUCUGCCUGAGCCGCAGCCCCAGUGUCCACAGAAUAUGUUCAUGUGCGAUAACAGUGUGUGUAUAGAGCACAACCAAGUGUGUGACUACAGCGAUGACUGCGGGGACUCGUCUGAUGAGAUCAAAUGUGAGCAACACGGUUUCGAGGAGCGCUGCAGUUUUGAGCGAGGCCUGUGUUCCUGGAUGGGGAGCGAGGUGGACACACCUGGAGCAGAGUGGAGCCAUCACAACGGACAGGAAGCCUGGCCCAAAUAUGGGCCUGCGAGAGAUCACACCCAAAACACUGGUGCAGGUCACUACAUUAUCCCUGGGACUCACCUGACAGAGGAUGGCCAGACGUCAGAGAUUCUCUCCAAAACUUUACUGCCCAGCUCCAACUGCACUGUGAGAUUCUUCUUCUUCAGCCUUGACGAUGCCUCAGCCAGACUGACGGCCCAGUCCAGGACGCAGCGCUCUGGCAGUGGUGACACUGUGAUGUGGCUCAGGGAGGACUCACAGUCUUACAGCUGGCAGAAAGCAGAGGUCACAUUCUCCAUCUCCGUCAAUAGCAAGAUUGUCUUUAGGUAUGAGCGAGUGGAUGAACGCAGAGGACUCGUCGCCCUGGACGACAUCUCUUUCUCCAGGGAAUGUUCAUUUGAUCCUGACAACAACAGACUGCCUGACACAUCACCAACCCCUGCACCACCCACGAGUCCAGCUUCAACCUCAACCUCAACCGCACCCACCAAUCCCUGUCAGGAGGAUGAGUUUUUCUGUUGGCGUUCAGCCGGAGAGCCGAGGUGUAUUCAGGCUUCUUUAAAGUGUGAUUAUUAUUCACACUGCCCCCAGGGAGAGGACGAGGAUGGCUGUGGUCCGUGCACAUUUGAGAGGGACCAGUGCCAGUGGGCUGACACCGGCGUUGGACCGAGCAGGUGGCAGAGACAGAAAUCCAGUCACAACACUGAGCCGCCCACAGACCAGACCACUGGAACUGGCUACUACAUGGGAGUGAAAUUCAGUCAGGGCUCCACUCAGAGUGAGGCCAGACUUCAGAGUCCCCCACUCGCCCCUUCUUCACUCUACUGCCAGAUGAAGUUUCACUUCCAUAUCAGCGCAGAGAAUGCUGGGUCACUCAGAGUGCUUAUGCAGCAAGCUGAGGGGAGUGAAGCAAUACUGUGGUCACGCAGUCACAACACGGGGUCCCACUGGACCCCAGAGCAGCUGCCGCUCGGCCUGCACCAGCGGCCUUAUAAGGUUUGGUUUAGUGCCUUAAAUAAAGAGACUCAGACGGACUCUACUUCUGGAGAUCCCAGUGUUGCAGUGGAUGAUAUCUCUUUUGUCAACUGUGAAGAAUCCUACCAACCACCAGCUCUGUCCACCAAUGGCUGUUCUUUUGAAGACGGGCUGUGUGGUUGGGUUCAGGGCGCUGACGAUGAGUUGGACUGGCUCAGCAGCUCUGGUCCUACUGAAACCCCAAACACGGGACCAGCAGGAGACCACACCAGCGGCAAAGGAAAAUACCUUUACAUCAAGAGCUCCAAACCAAGUGUGAAGGGAAAUACUGCACAACUGAAGUCUUCACUGCUGCCAUCUGCUGGUGACCAAGGAUACUGUUUCACAUUCUGGCACCAUAUGUUCGGAGCUACUGUUGGCUCUCUGAGGAUGCUUCUAAAAACAGCUGAUCCUUUGAAGAAAACACUGGUGUGGCAAAAAUCAGGAAACCAAGGGGACGAGUGGCAAGUGGUGCAGAUCCACGUGACCCUGCAGAAAGUCCAUCAAGUGGUUCUGGAGGCCACGGUUGGAGGAGAGGCCGGAGAUAUAGCCAUCGAUGACAUGUCCUUCAUCAGUGGACCGUGUCCCCCCUCUGAUCUGUGUGACUUUGAGGAGGGGAGCUGCAACUGGCAGCAGCAGACCUCGGAUGACUUUGACUGGGUCCGUCAGUCGGGCCCCACCUUUAAUCCCAACACAGGGCCAGACAGCGACCACACCACAAACACACCCACAGGACAUUACUAUCUCCUGCCCUCCUCCGCCUCCGACGAUGCCGGCCAGACGGCCGAAAUGUCCUCACCACUGUACCCUGCAGAUCAGACCGUCACAGGUUUUCUCUCUGCUGUUGUUUUACUUUGUCCUCUCAGAUCUACAAGCUAGGUUUCAAAAUGCUGCGGCUCUGAUUUGGUUCUAUUCUUGCUACAAUAAGUGAGAGAGUUGAAUAAUUACAUUGUAGAAGGAGAAUAAGGUCUCAGAUGCCACUUUGAUUUUGUGUUUCAUGAUGUUUAUGCAGACAGUCCAAAGGGUUUUCUGAUAUACAAAGAACAUUUAACUGACCAGGAGGAGAACAGUCUCAACAACUAAGAUACAACUAAACUAGAGCUAAUGAUUUAUUUGAAGUUUAUCUUAGAGAUAGGACAGUGGAUAGGGUCAGAAACUGGAGAGAGAGAGAGUGGGGAACGACAUGGAGUGAAUGGAGCCACAG